CCAACUCCUCGGGCAUGACCUCUCUGACCUCUCUGGGCACUCUGCAGGGCCUGGCUGGCGCCACCAUGGGUCUGAACAACAUUAAUGCACUAGCAGGUAGCGUCAACAUUGCACAAAUGCUCUCAGGUAUGGCGGCCCUGAACGGAGGCCUGGGCGGCGUGGGGCUGACCAACGGCACGGCGGGCACCAUGGACGCGCUCACACAGGCCUACUCAGGGAUCCAGCAGUAUGCAGCCGCAGCCCUGCCCACCCUCUACAGCCAGUCCCUGCUGCAGCAGCAAGGUGCCGCCGGCAGCCAGAAAGAGGGGCCUGAAGGUGCCAACCUGUUCAUCUACCACCUGCCCCAGGAGUUUGGGGACCAGGACAUCCUGCAGAUGUUCAUGCCUUUUGGAAARGUGGUCUCUGCCAAAGUCUUCAUUGACAAACAGACAAACCUGAGCAAGUGCUUCGGCUUCGUCAGCUAUGACAAUCCGGUGUCGGCGCAGGCAGCCAUCCAGGCCAUGAACGGCUUCCAGAUCGGCAUGAAGAGGCUGAAGGUGCAGCUCAAYCGCUCCAAGAACGACAGCAAACCKUACUGAUCUUAGCACUAGGGCCUAUCUGCUCCCAUGUUACCACUGCUAGGGUAAGUCCCCAUACGAGCCACGACRUCUACACAGGYACUGGGGGAGGGAAGUYGA